AUGCGCAUCCUCCUUCUCUGUACCGCACACAAUUCACUGUCGCAGAGGCUGUCCUUGGUCUUGUCCAAGAAGCACUCUGUCACGGUCGAGUAUGCUUUAUCCGAGGCCACCAUGAUGGAAGCGGCUCGGCUGGCCCAGCCGCACCUCAUUGUUUGCCCCUUCCUCACCACACGGGUCCCUCGAGAGGUGUACAACGCCUACCUCACCCUCAUUGUACAUCCUGGCCCUCCCGGCGAUGCUGGACCCAGCGCUCUGGAUUGGCUUCUGAUGGGCGACGACGGUACGGAGCCCGACAGUACCCGCUUGCUAGAACCCAGUCGGCAGAGACUCAGCGCCAAGGGCCGCAGCCACUGGGGGGUCACUGUCCUCCAAGCCAUCGGAGAGCUCGACGCCGGCCAGGUCUGGGCGUAUGACCAGUUCCCUGUCGAUAUCGACGAGCCCGGACUCACCAAGUCAACCUUGUAUCGUGGGGCCGUCACUCGAGCUGCCAUAACGGCUGUUCUCGCCGCCAUAGAUAGGAUCGAAGAAGAAGCACCUUCCCGUCUGGAGGAACCCUUUGGCUCGCCACUGACUCCACCAGAGUCGCCUUGUAAUGAUGAGCAAUCGUCUGAUCCACACGGAGCCAUCGUCAAGAUCCACCCCGGCCUCGUGGCCCGUGGGGAAUAUGCCUUCUUCUCUGCCGGCUCUGGAGAGCCCUUUUGCGGUGGACAGACGCACUGUCGUCCACUGCUCAAAGCGGCGCAUCGCGACUUUGACCCCAACACGCAUCCAGCAGUGGAGAUUUCGCGUAGGAUCCGGAGCGCAGACUCGCAGCCCGGCUGUCUCAGCGCGCUCUUUGGUCCCAAACUGUACCUGUAUGGUGGACUCGUCGAACCGGCCGUGGCGUCAGAUGUCUCGCCGGGAAGCAUCAUCGGCAUCCGUGAUGAGGCCGUAUGCGUUGCGACUGCGGACCACAAGGGCGUCUGGAUCACCCAUAUUCGGCGUGUCAAGGCAAAGACGGAUCCAGAACUCUGGCCAAAAGUCCCAGCCGCGGCUGGCCUCGCCGAGCUUGGCAUCAUUGAGAACCCGAGGUCAUCGUCACAGGUUGUGCCUGGCACCGCCGCACGGUCGCCCGCGAACAUUGAUGAGUGGACAAAGGACAGCCACACCGCUUUCCAAGAGAUAUGGGUGGAGUUUGCCGUUGAUGAAAACAGGCACGUGGCGUACGUUCACUUUGCGCUGUAUAACGGCGCCAUGAGCACCUCGCAAUGCCGGCGACUCAGCGAAUGCCUGAGAGCCUUGCUCCGCGUGGCCGACAACCUGCCUCUGACUGCUGUUGUGCUCAUGGGUGGUAGGUCCUACUUCAGCAAUGGCAUUCACCUAAACGUCAUCGACGCGGCGCAGGAUCCGGCAUUGGAGUCGUGGUACAAUAUCAAUGCCAUCAACGACGUCGUUCAGUUGAUAUUGGGCGACUUUCCCUCCCGCGGCGUCACCAUGGUCGCGGCUCUGCGCGGCAAUUGCGCUGCCGGGGGUGUCGCUCUAGCCGCCGCGUGCGACGUCGUCCUGGCUGGCGAGCACGUCGUCUUGAACCCUGCGUACCGCGCGUUGGGUCUCCAUGGAUCCGAGUUCCACAGCCUGAGCUAUCCGGGCCGCUGCGGCGCAGAGAGCGCCGCAACACUCUUGCGAUCGAUGACUCCUCUGAGUGCGGACGAUGCUCUGCGCGUAGGCCUCGUCGACGCCGUCGUCCCGGGCUAUGGCGACAUGCUUGACUCGGCGAUUCGGCAGCGGGUGGACGCCAUGCUCGCGCCGAACUCGUGGCCGUUCCGCAACAUGUCCCUCGGGCGGUGGAAGCGCAAUGCCGACUUGUCUGCGGGCGCGCUGGCCCGAGCACGCGCCACAGAGCUCGCGCAAAUGUCCAUGGACUUUUGGAGCGCGCGUUCACAGCGCUACCAUGAACGUCGCCGCGCGUUUGUGCGCAAGGCAAAGCCCCCGGCGACGCCCCUCCGCUUCGCUACGCAUCGCAGGGGCCAGUCGAGGCUGGACCAAGAGGAGCAUGAUUGCUUCGACUCGGUGGAGUGGUUCGCGGAGAAAUCGAGAGCGGAGGCAAAAAGACGGCUCUGUGGGCAAAUUUCGCAACUUCUCGAUGAAUUUUCGCAAACAAAGUCUAGCGACAGCCCACGUCCUCUCCUCGUGGCGGCGUCGGAAGCACCACCGCUGUCUGUGCGCGUGCCUGGCCGCGACGAGAGCGUCGAUCGCACAGCUUCUUCUGGCCUUCUUUUCCCUUGUUAUUAUACCCUAUAG